ACUUUCGACCCAAUGGAACGGUCUUCGUACACAAUUGUAUUUGCUAUUCAACAGAACACAUUAUUGAAAAUGCACUUUGAUCGGAGCACUUUGAUAAAAUUUGAAGAGUAGAAGUGCACUUCAAAAUGUUACAUUAAAUAAAAUGAAGUUGGGAUAUUCUAUUUUAAUUCUUGUCUAUCUUUCACGGGAUUUGCAAAUAUGUUCAGGAAUCGCAUUGAUAAACAAAACCACAGAUUUUCAGCAAGAAUACAGGCCCAACGGUCCGUUAGUACUGUGUAAAUUUCUGCCAAAAGAAUUUAUAGAAUGCGAAGAGCCAAUUGAUCAUAAGGGUAAUAAAACUGCCAAAGAAGAAACUGGAUUUGGUUGUGUAAAGACUGCAGAUCAGUUGAUAGCUGGUUCCAGUCUACUGUCUAGACCAGCAGAAGAAUUUGACAAUGAUCCUUCAGUGGAAGCCAUGUGGGCAAUAAAAACCAUAGAACAUGCUACAGUUUAUUUCAAUAUUUUAUGUUCAGUUGAUCCCAAGUUUUUGAAACUUACCCCCAACGAUGAUCAGAUCUACAAAACCUUUAGGGAAGUUUUCCCUGACCUCAAAGUGGAUAAAAUAAAUGAGGAUGAAUUAAAGUCAUCAGAGGGAAAGAUGAAAUGGAGACCAUUUUGUGAACAGUUCAAAGGAGUUGUAGAAGAUCAUAGCUUUGGUACACUGUUGAGAGCAGACUGUGAAGGAGAUUAUUCUGAAGAGAACAGUAUACUUACAACUAGAAUACAAUUUUAUGCCAUUGAACUUGCCAGAAAUAGGGAAGGUUAUAAUGAUGGUAUUAGAAAAAAGUACAAACCUAAACGGACUACCGAGGAGUCAUAGAAUCGUAACCAUUAUAAUAACCAGAUAUUACAUGUUAAAAACUCAUUUGAAUAGGAUAUUAUUUUUCAUAUACAAUUUUGUACAAUUUAAAUGUAUCAAAGCUUAUGAAGUUAAACAUUUUACCAGACUGUUAUUUAUAAUAAGCAAUGACACAAAAUAAAGAAAUUA